AUGUCGGCAUGGCAUGAGCUCUACAAACAUCGCCGGGGCUGGGCUCUCGAUGUCGCCCAAGAGUGCUCCCACAUGAAUGUCACAAUCCAGGAGCGGUACCAAGAGAUCGACGCUAUGGUCAAGUGUUUAGACGCCGCUGUUGCCAAUCUCGAAUUCUCCAUCAAGCAGAUCGAACCCAAGUACACCGAAUUGAAAAAGUGGGUGGAGCCGGCAUUGUCCGAACAUGAACAACUGGCAUCAAAUUGGGAAGCGUACCUUGGCCUGGCGCGAGCGGUCCCCGUCUCGCCGCAGAUGGUGAAAUUCAUGACAUCCAAGGAGGUCAAGCCAACACGAGCCAGUUUAGAGGAUCUCGUAGACCUCGACACCGCUAGGAAAGCAGGACGCUUAGCACCUACAUCCCUGAGAAAGUUUACCGGCAAGGCGGCGGAGCUCGAUAAAUCCGCCGCGCAAAUGUACCAGUCGCUGCAGCAGCUCGUGAACGAAUUUGAUGCGCUCGUUGGCCGUUCCGCCUUGUUACACAGUGGCGAAUCUGCUCAGUUGCAGCAGGAUAUUGAGGCCCUGGCGAAGAAGAUUGACUCUGACUACCAGCUCAUCCUAGAGUACACCCUUCCCAAAGGGAUCCUUACGAAGCGAACAAACGAGAUGAGCGACCUCGUUCAGUACGCCACCAAGUCCCGAAAUGCGAUCGCAGCUGAAUCUAUCCGACUUAUGCGUUCAAUCACGGAAGUUACGUCCUUACAUGCUAGCGUCAAGUCUCAGAUAACCGUACUCAACCAAGCCGAGGAGGAUAUGACGACCUUCGACUACCUGCGCCUCAUCUACCAACUCCCCUACAUGUACGCUUCGUUUGUCAUUGAGGCUGUCAGGCGCCGAGAAUGGUCUGACAAGGUCAAAUCCGACUCUUCGACGCUUGCGAACACCAUGGCGGUGUUCCAAGAUGAAGAGACCAAGAGACGGCGCAAAUGGCAAAAGAUGGUUGGGAGCACCUAUGGAAGGGACAAAUUUGACGCAACUACUUUGGGUCUUGAAGUCAAUCUUUUAGGAGAGGAGGAUGCAUGGCCUUCCAUGACGAAGCAAGACAUCGAAACCUUUAUCGAGAGCUUAAGGACCCAGAAUGCGGAGCCCACAAUCACCGAAGACGUCGUUAAACUUCUAAACGAGCUCAAAUCCCCGACCAGGCAGCAGUCUAAAAGGAUCAAAGCUUUCAAAAAUGGCAGUAUACACGAGGCCGCCCUUGACCUGAACUCGGAGAAGAAACGAGGCCAACUCAACGAAAAGGACCUCCUCGAGAAUAUGGAAGCACUCAAGCGGGAGUUUGUGGAUGAACGCAAGUCUUUGGAAUCAGAGAUCAAACGCCUUCAGGCUCGCCUCGAAGAUACUGAGGAUGAGAUGGAAAACUUUGGAGAGUCUAGAGAACACGAAAAGGCGUCGUUUGAUGAGAAGCUUCUCGAGCUCCAAGAUGAAAUCGAUCGCCUAGGGAAGGAAAAAGAGCGAGACCAAUGUGAGGCGCUUGAACGGCAAGUCAAAUCCUUACAGGAGGAGCUCGAAGAGGCUACUACCUCCGGAGAAAAGGCUAUCGCCUCGAACCAGGAGAGCCUUUUGGCCCUAGAGAACGUUUUACGCGAGCUAUCGCCACAGGCAGCUAUGCCAAAAUCAACAGAAGAUCUGAUCAAGACAGUUGUGGCGAUGGCCUCGGAAACGAUGGACAAGGUCAAGGACGCAGCGAAUCGUAUUGCAUCGCUCGUUCCUGAGCUUGAGCAGGCUCGAAGCAGCGCAGAGGCGCACCGUCUUGAAGCGAGUGAAGCAACGUCAAAACUAGCCUCCAAAGCAUCCGCAUUGUCUCAAGCACACGCGUCCUUGGAAGAGGAAAAGGUCAUUCGCCAAGAUGUAGAGUCCAAUCUUACCGACGCAAGACAACAAUUAGAAGAGCUGCGGAUCCAGAUUGCUGACGGCGAAACCGGGUCGGAGUCCCUUCGUAAAGCGCUCGAAGUCCAGGAACAAAAGGCUAGUCGACUCGUUGAAGAAUUAGCAGCUAAACAGUCUGAAACUGGCCGGGUGGAAGAAGAGCUACAUCAUUUCAAAGAGCGGCUGCAGGAAAGCCAAGCCCGGGCUCUUAGUCUGAAGCGACGGGCGGAUGCGCGGGGAGCGUGCCAAGGACUUGUCGCAGCGCAUCUAUACGCAAAACGACCGACUGUGUCGCCUCCUCGAAAGGCUUGGCUUCGCAGUGACGCGCGAAGGUUCGAGCAUGGCCGUUCAAAAAUACCACGUGCAGAGAGGGCAUCGCACAUGCAGAAUACGACCGAGCUCUCGGACCCCGCAUCUCCGUCGACUCGCCGCUCGAUUACUCUGCCAAUCAGCGCGUCUCCCGAUCCGACGCAGCUCGAGCUGCUCUAUUGGAUGAAUACUAAUGACGAAGAAGCAGAGCUCGAGAGAUACCAAGCAUUUAUGGAGAACCUGGGGACGUUCGACAUUGAUCUAUUUUCGGACACACUUUUCCGUCGCGUGAAGGAUAUGGAACACUUGGCGCGCAAGUUCCAGCGCGAUGCUCGAGCGUACAGGGAAAAGGCCCUGGUGUUGCAGCGCGAGGCCCACGAGAAGAUUGCGUACAAGAACUUCAAGGAAGGCGACCUAGCCCUGUUCCUCCCGACGCGAAACCAAAGCUCGGGGGCUUGGGCAUGCUUCAAUGAACGUGUUGUGGACCUCUCGCGAAGUGUCCAGGCCCAAGGGGACGCUGACUCGCUGACUGACGAAGGCAACGAUAACCCCUUCCAGCUGUCGGAUGGGCUUCGUUGGUACCUUUUGGACGCGCACGAGGACAAGCACGGCGCCCCGUCGACUCCAGGCCUCGGGAAGUCGACGGUCGCGGCGAACAAGGUGGAGGCCGUAGCGGACAUGCGGGCGAGAUCAGCAACCAAAGGAAAGGAUAAACAGCGGCUCAGCCAACACAGCAUAGAGGGGCACGAGCUCAAGGAAAACGUUGCCGUUUACGAUCGGGGCCGGAGGGCUACUGAAAGGCACGCCGUUAGCGAGCGAGACGAACUCACUUCGGGCCGCCGCGUCGGAGACGACCUCCGCCAAGAGUCCGCCCCAGGGCCAGCUCGUCACGAUUAG